CUUGACAAUACACACACUCAGUGCGACUAAUUUUUCUUCUUCUUUUUCACUAACCAAUUCCCUUACUCUUUCGAUCUGUGUGCCGCAGAUAUGGUGGACGCUACUGUUAGCUUCCUGCUACAGAACUUGUCACGGCUUCUUGAGGAUGAAAUAAAGUUGCUUUCGGGCGUUAAGAACAAAAUCAACUUACUGAGCAAUGAGCUCAGGUUUUUAAAGAUCUUCCUCAAAGACUCCACAGGCAAGCGCAGUGAUGAGGUUGUCAAAGAAGUGGUCAACCAAAUCAGAGAUGUUGUCUUUAUGGCCGAGGAUGUUGUUGACAUCUACGUUGCCAGCGUCGCCAAACAUAGGAGCAGAAACAUAGUAAGCAAGUUGUUCCACUUGAAACAACGUGUCAUGGUGCUUCAGGACGUGGAUGCUGAGAUAGAGAACAUCAAGAACCGUAUUGAUGAGAUCUAUAAAAACAGGGAGAGAUACGGCAUCACAGAAGGUGCAUCCACACGUGAAGAUGUUGAUGCUAUUGCUGCUGAAUCACUCCGCGAAAAGAGGAAGGACGUGGAAGAAAAAGACGUAGUGGGGUUCGUGAAUGACUCAAACUCUGUGAUUAAGGAGCUCAUGGAAGAAGGUGAUUCAGGUCGCAAAGUUGCUUCCAUAAUCGGCAUGGGAGGGUUGGGUAAGACCACUCUUGCCCGGAAGAUUUAUAACAACGAACAAGUGAAGAAGUGCUUUACUCUUCGUGCAUGGGGUUAUGUUUCCAACGAUUACAGAGCGAGGGAGCUUUUGCUGAGCCUUCUCAAAUGUUUGCUGUCCACAUCUGAAUAUGAUGAUUUGUUCAAGAAGAAGGAAUAUGAAGUUGAAGCUAUUGCUACAAGUGAGGAAAAACUGAAGACAAAAGUGAGAGAAUACUUGAAGGGGAAAAAGUACCUUGUAGUGCUCGAUGAUAUAUGGAAAACUGAAGUGUGGGACAGCAUAGCGGAUGCCUUUCCAGACGAUGAUCACAGCAUUGGCAGAAUACUGAUAACUAGCCGUGGAGUGGAAGUCGCAAACUAUGUAGGAACCACAUCUCCCUACCAUCUUCCCUUCCUCAACAAAAAAGAAAGUUGGCAACUUUUUUCUAAGAAAGUGUUUCAAGGUAAAGGGUGUCCUCCUGAUCUGGAGCCUCUCGGCAAAUCUAUUGUUGAGAGUUGCAAGGGCUUGCCACUUGCCAUUGUGGUCUUGGCAGGAUAUGUGUCGAAGAAAGAGAAGUCAGAAAGAGAGUGGACAAGAAUCAAGAACAUCACUUGGCAUCUUACUCAAGACAAAAUGGAAGUGAUGGAUAUACUAAAGCUUAUCUACGACAGCCUGCUUCAAAGAUUGAAGCCGUGCUUUCUGUAUUUUGGAAUCUAUCCCGAGGACUAUGAGAUCAGGGCGAGGGAUGUGAUCCAAAUGUGGAUGGCUGAAGGGUUCAUUCAACCGCAAGAAGCUGGAAUCCAAGGUGCAGCUGAACCAGAGGAUGUUGCAGAGUACUACCUGGAUGAGCUAGUGGAUCGCAGCUUAGUGCAAGUGGCAAGCAGGAAGAGCGAUGGGCGUGUCAAGACAUGUCGAAUUCAUGAUCUUCUUCGCGAUCUCUGCAUAUCAGAUAGCAAAUCUGAGAAGUUUAUGGAGAUUUGCACAGAUCCCAACAACGUGGAUACCCUGAGCAAUGCUAAUCGUAGAUUGUCCAUCCAAUGCAAGAAAUCAUCUACUGUGUCUAUAAACAAUUUGAAUCAGUUGUGCACUCGUUCCUUGUUCUUCUUUUCUGAGGGGAAAAAGUUCCGAGAGGAUGUUCGUCUGAAUAGCUUCAAGUUGGCUCGCGUGAUAUAUUCAAACACCGAAGGUUACUAUAAUUCAGCACUCAUGAUUGAUUUCAAGAAAAUGAUCCAUCUAAGGUACUUGAGAAUAGAUGCAGGGAUCAGUAGCAUUCCAGCUUCUAUACGUAACCUCAGGAAUCUAGAAACACUCGAGGUACGAAAAGCAGAGUGGGUCUCCAACGAAAUCUGGAAGCUCAAGCGACUGAAACUUCUUUAUAUAAGGGAUGUUAAGAAGAUACAAAUCCUACCAAAAUCACAAAGGAAAAUAAAGGGAAACUUGCAAACCCUCUUUCUAAGCUGUUUUGAGCGUGAAGAUUUGGUGUCCCUGCUAAACAAUGGGAUAUUUUCCAGGUUGAGAAAAUUAGUGUUAUUUUCUGAGAAUGAUUAUCCGCAAGUACGUAAGCCCGUACUAAGUCUAAACCACCUCACCAAUCUCCAUAGCCUCAAAAUUAAUAACUUCCUAGAACUUCCGUCAGUCGGAAAUGUGUUUCCAUCAAAUCUUAAAAAGAUAACCCUCCAUGUUUUCAUGCAUCCGGGGAAUGUAUUCAUAUUUUUGAAGAAUAUGAAGACUGUAGGACAGCUUGCCAGACUCCAAAUUUUGAAACUAAAGGGGAAUUAUUAUGGUGAUCCUUUAAAUCACCUCACGGUUGGCGCUGGAGAGUUCCCACGACUAAAAGUGUUUCAGAUGAGUGGAGUGGGUGUCAUCAGAUGGAGAUUAGAGAAAGGUGCAAUGCCGCGUCUCCAAAAUCUGGUCAUCAAGAACUGCGAUGAGCUGGAAGAGAUUCCUGAACAACUCUGGUCGUUGACUACCUUACGAGAAGUGCAUGUUUCGAACCCCAACCGAAGAUUAGCUCACAGACUCCGAAGCGUUGGGUUGAAGAACGGUUGUAAGCUCAUACUCUCGGAACUUAGGUCCGAAGAAGAGGGUAUAAAUUAAUAUUUUAGCAUAAAUGUAUUAAUUACUAUGUAUGAUAUUAAUUAUUUUAAUUUAAAAUUAAAAAAUACAAGUUUUUUCUUUUUGUUCUUUAAAAAAACAUUCUUUCAAGGGACAAGUAUUGAUACGAGAAAAUUGUAGUCUGAAAAGUUAUACACGUGGAUAAACACACAAAAAUUCAUGAAAAUAUUUGACU